AUGAACGCGCACACGCAAGCGCACUGGUUUGAAAGGUCGGGAACGAUACAAACAUCGCAGAGAGAGAAAAGAACGGCAGUGUCAUCUCGCCUUCCUUCGUUGCUCCCCCUCCCCCAUCCUUCAACUCGCAUGAUGGCUGUCCUGCACUCCCCCGCAGAGCGCGCCUGCGAUAUCGCGAUUCAUCUCUCCGACACAGCCUUUACCUCUCGCAUCGACUACACAGACGCCUACGUCCUCCCAACGACCUCCACCACAGAAACCGCUUCCACCGAUGUAACGCCGCUGCCGACAGCGGCGCUCGUCUCUCCGUGGCUGCUCGUCGGGCCGUCGGCCGGUGAUGCACACCCGUCGUCAUCUCUGCCUGCAGUGGCAACGGCAGCAGGCACCACGAUCAGUCCUGCAGUGGAGACGGUGCCCCUCGCGUGGCGGUGUCCAUCUUGUGGCACACUCGAAGUGGAGCAGCUGUACUGGCGGCGGCCGCGGCGAUCCAAAUCGCCAACCACAGGUGGCGCCCCUGCCGCUGCUGAUGUCCGCGCUGCGCUGGCGCGCAGCAUGCGACUGAAAGCGCUCUCACCGGCCCUGCAGGCAAAGCUAGAGCAGCACCGACGGCGCAGUGAGCGAAGAGAAGAAAUGCGCUGGCGGUCACUGUACAUCAGCACGCGCUGUCGUCGCUGUUUCCUGUGCCCCCGCUGCGGUGGGCAUGGUAGUUUGCCAUCCUCCGAAACAGCGACAGUCAGUGACGUGAGCACGAGCAAGUCAGCAGCGGCAUCGCUGUCGCCGUCUCUCAACGCGGCCACCCUGCUCAGCAGCAUGCAGUCUGUGAGCUCACUUGACAUACGACUCACCUCUGACAUGCAGUACUACACCGUGUGUACGUGCUGUCAGUGGCACAGCUACCGAGCCUUCCCUACGAUGGAGCAGCUCCUCGCAUAUUUGAAUGCGGUAAUGGGGGAUGAGAAGGCAGAGGCGCUGCGAGAGCAUCGGGCGGCGCAACGAAGCGUCAAUACCGCUCUCCGCGCUGGCCUCACGGGGCUACUGGGCGCCAAACCCGACCUGGAGGAUGAUGUGAGUCUACAGCAGCAGCAGCCAACCAUCUCGCAAGCCGCGUGGGACGCAUUUCGCCACCUGCGCAGCUUGCACAUUCACAACCAAAACGUCAGCCCUCCAUCGCAUUCGCCACCGCCGCAGCAGCAGUCUGUCGAGGGAGAGCAGCAGCUCAGCAACAAGAUCGCGACAGAUACCAUCAUGCACCUCCACCCUGCCCUCGCCCUGGAGCAGCUGCAAAACCAAGAGCGGCAACGCCGGGAAGCUGCACGCGCAGUGUCGCUUCUCCAAGGUAUGAGCCAAGUCGCACCGCAGACUAUGCGGGUGGUGGACUUGGCUCGUGAAGCUGCAGCUCAGCUGCAGGCAGCGAGGGAGGAAGAGGAGCACGACAUGACACCACUCAGUAAGUUGCCUCCUGGAUAUCGACUGACCACAUCAGCCUCGAACACCGCCAGAAGCGUUAAAGAGGAUGUCGAGGUCGACUUGAUUGCACGUACUCAGCAAUGCUAUCUGGGACUGCCUGUGGAGACUGUGGACACUCGAGAUCAAACCAUGCGGGCGUGGAUGCAGCGCUACCAGCCAGCGGCAGUCGUGGCCCAAGAACGCAAAGCAGCAGCAGCAGCAAUGGCCAGCACCUCCGCCCUCAUGCACACGCCAACGUCAGCGUACCUGCACUCCGUACUGCUGCGCGAGCAAGACCGACCGCUUGGCCUCCCGGCAUACUACAUCCCUCGGGUCCGCAAGGAACUCCUCACUGCGCUUGUGUGGCGACUGCCUCAGGCGUCCGCUGCCGGACAAUCAUCCGCAACGAAGCAGGUGUGUCCGUGCACACGCCUUGUCCUCCUCGACCGGUCUGCCUUGCUGGACGAUGAAAUAAGACAGGUGUGCCAGCACUGGGUCGACCAGCGCACGGCACAGGUAGAGCGACACAAGCGGAAGCACCGCAGCGAUCUGGAGCAGCAGAACAGUGCUGGAAGCACCCCUGCUGUAGGGAUGCAGCGCAACCACGGAGACGGCGGCUUCGACUCGGACGGAGGGGACGAGGAAGAUGAAGACAGCGACGGGGCCAUCGAACACCCCAAAGACGGCGCAUCACAAGACUCGAUGCACGCAACGACGUCACGGCACCCACAGCCGCAGCAGGGACUCCGGCAAAAGGCUCUGUCGGUGCUACCGGUGCCGUUAUUUCUGGAUGGUACCGACUUUGCCGCAGUGUCUUGCCUGCCUUUCCUCGAGUACGUACGAAAUGGUGGCAGCAGCGCACGCCCGUGUGAGCUGCAGCUCCGCUUGGUGAACCUGCGCAUGAUGCAUGACAUCUAUCUGACAAAACUUGAGGUGGCGCGGACUGUGUUAGCGCCGACGUGCUCCACUGACGCCCAACACGCACGUCCUCCGUCCUCGCCCUCCUCUGACAGCACCCCCUGUGUGACAGUGCACCUUUCUUCGCCGUCAGUGCCUGCUGUAAAGCUCCCACUGGCGCUGGCUCCUCAGUGCUCUCCGGUGGAGCGAGCUGCCGCCGUCGCGGCUGUGCUGAAGGGCAGCGAUGGCGCCUGUGCUACAGAGGCGAGCCCCUUGCCACCGCAUGUCCCCCCUUCACUCCUCACCAUGGGCAACACUACUCCACCGAUCCGCCUGCAGGAACUGCACCUCACUCUGUGCGAAACAUCCGCGGCACAAGCGUGUAUGCCUUCACCAUCGCCCAUGCUAGCUCCUCUCCACUGCGUGGAACUGCUAGUAGAGGUGGCGACUGCGCUUUCAGGGGUCGACCACGCGCGCCCUCAGUACCACUCUGUGCGCUACGGACUCACCGUGACAUUCAACUCAUGCUGA